CGUGGUGUUAAAUUUGGUUAUGCAGCGAUGAAUUAAUAUAAUAAUAUUGCUUGAUUUUAUAAAUAAAAAUAGUCAGAAUUAAAAUUAAUAAAUAUUGGUCGAAUUAUGAAGGUCAAAAGUGGAUCGAGUCGUCGAUCCUCAAUGAUUAUUCCCAGACAAAAUUAUCUUUACAAUUCGGAGGAAAUUCGAAAAAGAAAGGUUCCAUGUACGGAUGUACCAAGCGUAACUCAAAUUUGGGCUAGGAAGCCACAAAGGAGAAGAAGAAAUUUGCGCGCUGAUUUACAAAGAAACAGAAAGUCAUUUCCUUCGUCGUUUUUCACAUCAAAUGCUGAUGAUCUCUUGGAAACUUUAAUGCCAUUGAAAACACGCUGCACCUACUCGUCGACUACCAAUUCAAGAUUGUCUCUAGCUGCAUCCGGGACUAGAAUUUCCGCGACUUCUUUGCAAACCCCACAACGUGACAUCUUACGUUUUACGGAUUCACCCGAUCCAAUUUCAACAAGUGAAAUUGUAGAUUCCAACCCGUGGACUGAACACAUGUUACGGUUGAUAAAUAGCUUCAAGGAGACGUCAAUUAAUGAAGGUUCGGCCAACGUGACGCCUGAGAAUUUGGAUCAGGGACCUGUUUUUGAAAAAUCUCAAAUGGAUUUUGAAAAAAAUUAUUUGGAUGUAGUUUCAUUUACUGCUUUACCCAGUCAGCGGAAAAAUUCUCACUGUGCUGAAAACUGGUGCUUCAGUUCAGAUGAAAGUAUUCUGCGAAGAGUAUCGGAAUCUUUGAAAAAGACGGAUGAGAGAAGUUUUAUUAAAAAGAAUCCAGUGGAGACUGCUGAUAAAAAUAGCUACCAAUAUGCAUCUCAAUUUAAAUCAUAUAAGAAUUCUUUAAUGGAGAAAGCAAAGAGGAUGUUGAAUUUUAAAACUGUUGAUCCUGGAACAACGCAUGUAGAAAGAGCUGAUAAGGUGGUGGAGACAGUGUUUAAGAGAGGGGACAGGAAAGUUAGAAGUAGAAAAAAGAAUUUGCGAAAAAAAUUAACAAAGGCCAAGAUAAAAAAGUCAAAAUUCAUCGAGGAUUCAAAGAGCUUGAAAAGCAGUUAUUCGAUUUCCUUAAUAGAUGGCAAAUUGAAAAUUGUACCUAGUCAAAAUCUGCUUCCGCAAGUGUUUCAUUUGGAAAAAUCAUUUUCUGCAAUUCAAUUCGAAUUGAAGGAUACUGCGUGCAGCGUAUCACUAAUAGACAAGGAACCAAUUUCUGAAUCCUGUUACUCACCAAAAAAGUGUCUAACCCUCUACACUAUAUCAAAAACAUAUAUUUCAAGCUUAGAAGAUCUGAAUGUAAUGGGAAUACAUUUCCAGAAGCCAAUGUGCCUAUCGUAUUUUAAAAAUGGUCAAAUUACGAAUUCCGAGAUAAGCAGCGACACAGUAAUUCCUGAGAAAAAAACCAUACAACCCAUAAAAAACAAACUCCAAAAUACCUUCAACUUGGAUCAAGGAGUUCAAGUAGGAAAUCAAAUAAUACCCACGUUUCGCAGUAUAGGCAUAGUCGCUUCCACAAAUAAGAUUUCAACGAAAAAUAUAUCUACCGACACAAGUGACCUAGCUCCUGAAUUGAGAAUACCCUCAAUUCAGAAUAAACUGAAAAAUUUGCCAGAAACAAAAAAUCCUGCCGAUAUUAAUAAACCUAACGAUCAAUCAUCGAAAUGGGAUCCGAAACCAUUUAAUAAAAAAUGUCCCAUCUGUAAUCGCCAAGAGAAAUCAAAUCCUAGAUACGUACUGCCAGUAUGCACUGUGAAAGGAGUUGAUCAAUUCCCAAGAAAUCAAAAUGAUCCUUGGAUUCAUGUUUUGGAGCGAGUCAAGGCUAAGAAUUCUUGUAAUUUUUCAAAACUCAAAAAUCCUGCUGAUGCAACACUAGCUAACAACAGAGAACAACAUUUUGAUAAAGGAUUGAAGUAUAUCAAUGGACGUAUGCCUGUAAAUCCUGUGAAUUCUUCGUAUGGACGUCGUGCUUUAAGUACAGGGUGUUCCAAAAAACUUCAUAGAAAUUCCUUAGUAACUGAUAUUACUGAUACCAACAGUAGGCUCUUGUACGUCAUUUCAGAAUCGCCUGAAACGUCCAGUCGGAUAAAGUAUUAAUUAAAUUUAAAAUAACAAAAUUAUACGUAAGCUUGUAAAUUCUUGUACACGUGUCAGAUAAAAAUUUGUCUAUAAAGUUAAUUAUACUGGAAGAAUCCUGAUUUUUAUUGU